GGAUCCAGAGGUCAGAGAUGCUAGAGGUCGCCUGACCUCUCCGCUGCUCCGAUGGACGCGACUUCCGAGGACUCUGUCUCUGUCCGCCUCGAUCCCUUGUCGCAGCAGUCCGAGACCCCCGAUCCAUCCAUAUUUCCCGUGGACCCGCUCCCGUGGUGGUCGAAUAUAAAGAUGGUCAGAAAUCGGGAAGCCGACUUUGACCUGGAGACUGAAGACCCGCUGGUUCUUGAAUUGAAAAUCAAGCGAGAGAAGAGGAAAGCUCGCCGAUCAUAUCAUUCUCUCAGUGGAAAGCCAUGUUUUACCGCAAUAACGGCCGACAACAAAUCAUGUUUCCGCACCCCGUCCUCCCUUACUGCCCUCCUGGAAACAAAAGUCAAAGUCGAAUCAGCCUCCUAUGCAAAAGAUUACAAGACGCUACGAUCCGCUCCAGCUCCAGCUCCAAGUAAUGACGACAACGACGAUAGUGACAUUGAACUUCUCGAAUCUGCUCCGGAGUCCUUUUCUAAUCGCGUUCUUGCGAACCUGCCUCAACGUCAUCGAGCGCGAUCAGUCACAAUCCUCCCGAGAAAGCGAACAUCAUCAGAUGCGACGUCCUUGUUCCUCGAUGAUCCGCCAGAUCAGCCUUUCGAAGUCGUCUUCAUCCCUUCAAAAGGCUUUGGUCUACGCGCGACAAGAGACAUCUCAAUCGGCUCAGUCAUUGUUCAGGAAGCGCCAUUCUUGUCCUACACCGCGGAGGAGGGUCAUGACACGGUAAAGGCUUGGCUGAAUGAUUCUUCAAUGGAUGACGAAGACCCGACUAGAGCCGCACGGCUAAUCCUGUUCUUAAGCUUCACUGGGACUGUGCCAGGAAUUGAUGAUCUGGUCGAGCGCAUAUUGGAGACCAACGAGAUCGUCUGUGAGGAACGGCCUAGUCCUAAAGAAGAUGAAGGAGAAGAAUCCCACAUGUUCAGUGACGAUACGACAGACGAAGUUGAUCGACUCCUGGAUGCCAAGACCUUCUCCAAAUUUGGCUUAUUCAAGUAUAUCUCGAUGGCUUGUCAUUCGUGUGCGCCUAAUGCAGGAUGGCGAUGGCAUGAAGACCAGGGCCAACUCGCGCUUGUGGCUCAUCGAGACAUUGAAGCAGGUCAGGAGAUUACCGCAUCGUACUUGGAUCCGCCUGAACUUCGUCAGUCACGCGACUGGCGGAGGGACAAACUGAGAAAUAACUUUGGUUUCGACUGCGCAUGCGACGCAUGUGCUCUGCACGAUAGAGACACCGCUCUGAAGCGAUACAGAGACUUGUGUGCCCAAUGGAAGUUUGCAGCCUCCAACGACGACGCACUGUUCGAGUUUGUCGCGGACAAGGUUGACAGUCUUCAGAUCGUAGAGGAAUCCCUGGACCUCCUCGACAAGCUGAAACGCUUUCAAGGUCGUGAAGAACUUUUCAUGCUCAGAUUCUGUAUCUACGCAGCUUGGAAAGAUACGGUGUCGGCCAAGAAUGCAGCAACGGAAUGUUUCCAGUAUUCUUGUAUUGUGGAUGGACAGAAGAGGGCCAAAUGGAGUGACUGUGCAGCUUAUGCCGAAGAUCCCUCCCGUUGGCAGCACUGGGGAAUGUAUCAUACCAAGCAUCAAUGCUAUGACGACUCGGAUUACGAGGAUCUGGACGACGACGAACAAAAGUCAGAGAGAUGUCAUUCGCCCCACCCUGUCAGCAAGAGAAGAAGAAAGAGGAAGAUACGCUGAGCUGCUUCGCUUCGCCCCCCUUUGAGUCGUCUGCUCGGUCUAUAUUUUAUUCACAUGUGGCCUUGUAAACAAACAAGCAAAACUCUUCGAAGAAACGAAGCCGCGAGUGGUGCUGUCAUAUGUACUGUAGAUGCAGCACGAUCAUAUACGGAAGCAAUAAUGCAUAUAAGAUG